AUGACGUUGUCGGCGGCGUCGUUGAGGUUGACGCAGACGCCGCGCACGAGCGUCGGGUCUCCCACUCCGGCGAGCAGGUCGUCCGCGAGGAGGCGUAAGCGCGUUGGGAUCUCCUCCGAGGACGGCGGCGCGUUCCACACGAGCGCGACGUGCACGGCGGCGAGGAGGUCGUCGCUCGGCGACGUCGGCAAGAAGUGCGGUCCUCCGUCGACGCCCGCGACGACCUCCGCGCCGCGCUCGUCUAGACCGCGCGCGCACGCGGUGAACUGCACGUACCGCAGCUCGCCGGUGUUGUCGCGCUCGUCGUACGCGCGGACGCCGAGGCGAGCGCACGCGGCCUCGACCGCGAGCGCGGCGUCGUUGAUGCGAGGGUGUUGGACGACGCAGCCGGGGAUUGGCGCGACGUCGUGCGUCCCGCGCCUGAAGAGGCCGAGCGCGAGCGCGCCGUCCUCGACCGCUCGCGCCGCGAGCUUCGCGCGGCAUCGCCAUCCGUUCGUGGGGCCCAGCGUCAUCGCGAAGUCGACGCCUUUGGACGCGAAGUAUUCGCGCGCGCGCGCGAGCAGCGGCGGCGCGUCCAGCCCCGUCGCGAUCGCGCAUCCGUCGCAUCGAGACGCGUCGAAGUGGGGGCAGUCGAGUUCCGUCGCCGCCGCCGCGAAGGUCCUGACGGAAGGACGUCGCGACGACGGCGCGCGAGCGCCGUCGCGACGCCGUCGCGGCGAUACCCCCACCGCCGCGGGCGCCGACGCGACCGCCGACAUGAUGGACCGCCCGCGCUCCCGAGCACUGCACGCGUUUCGGAACGACAACCAGAAAAGUGCAGUACAACGUAGUCUCGUUCGAUCGACACGAGGCGCCGCCGCAAAAAAAGUUCAUCGGUCAGUUGAAAAGGGACGUGAUCAAAUGUUGAAACUGAGGGAUGAGUGA